AUGAGUGAACUGAAGGACUGCCCCUUGCAGUUCCAUGACUUCAAGUCUGUGGACCACCUAAAAGUUUGUCCACGCUACACGGCAGUGCUGGCCCGCUCUGAGGACGAUGGCAUCGGCAUCGAGGAGCUGGACACUCUGCAGCUGGAACUUGAGACCCUGCUUUCCUCUGCCAGCCGGCGCCUGCGAGUGUUGGAGGCUGAAACCCAGAUCCUCACUGACUGGCAGGAUAAGAAAGGUGACCGACGAUUCAUGAAGAUGGGUCGAGACCAUGAGCUUGGGGCUCCCCCAAAACAUGGGAAGCCGAAGAAGCAGAAACUGGAAGGGAAGGCAGGACAUGGACCGGGCCCUGGCCCCGGACGACCUAAAUCCAAAAACCUUCAGCCCAAGAUCCAGGAAUAUGAAUUCACUGAUGACCCAAUUGAUGUGCCACGGAUCCCCAAGAAUGAUGCCCCCAACAGGUUCUGGGCUUCAGUGGAGCCCUACUGUGCUGACAUCACUAACGAGGAGGUGCGCACGCUAGAGGAGUUACUGAAACCCCCAGAAGAUGAGGCUGAACAUUACAAGAUCCCGCCCCUGGGAAAGCACUACUCCCAACGCUGGGCACAGGAGGACCUGCUGGAGGAGCAGAAGGACGGAGCCCGGGCCGCAGCUGUGGCUGACAAGAAGAAAGGCCUCAUGGGGCCACUAACUGAACUCGACACUAAAGAUGUGGACGCCCUGCUGAAGAAGUCUGAGGCCCAGCAUGAGCAGCCCGAAGAUGGAUGCCCAUUUGGUGCCCUGACACAGCGCCUCUUGCAGGCCUUGGUGGAGGAAAAUAUUAUUUCCCCUAUGGAGGACUCUCCCAUUCCUGACAUGUCUGGGAAAGAAUCAGUGACCGAUGGGGCAAGCACCUCUCCCCGAAAUCAGAACAAGCCUUUUAGUGUGCCCCACACCAAGUCCUUGGAGAGCCGCAUCAAGGAGGAGCUGAUCGCCCAGGGCCUGCUGGAGUCUGAGGAUCGCCCCGCAGAGGACUCAGAGGAUGAGGUCCUCGCUGAGCUGCGCAAACGGCAGGCCGAGCUGAAGGCACUCAGUGCCCAUAACCGCACCAAGAAGCAUGACCUGCUGAGGCUGGCAAAGGAGGAGGUGAGCCGGCAGGAGCUGAGGCAGCGAGUCCGGAUGGCAGACAAUGAGGUCAUGGAUGCCUUCCGCAAGAUCAUGGCUGCCCGGCAAAAGAAGCGGACUCCCACCAAGAAGGAGAAGGACCAGGCCUGGAAGACUCUGAAGGAGCGGGAGAGCAUCCUAAAGUUACUAGAUGGGUAG